AUGAUUUCAACAAUAAACACAUUGGGACUUGAUUAUAUGACGUUUGGAAAUCAUGAAUUUGAUUUAACUGAGGAAGAGUUAUUUACUCGUAUAAAUGAAUCAGUAUUUACCUGGAUAAGUUCAAAUGUAUUUCGUGUCCAUAAAUUUCUUCCAUUUGGAUCAAGUAUUUCACAUAAAAUAGUCACCAUCGAUGGUGUUAGAAUUCUUUUAAUCGGUUUGACGAUCAAUGAACAUGUCAACUAUGUUCGAUUCGCUGAUCAGCCGUUACUUUCCAAUUAUCUUCAAACUGAUAUUCAUAUUGCAACGAGUGUUCCACAAAUCGAUCUUAUUCUUGGCGAACAUGAACAUGGAAACUCCUAUAAUUUACGAGGAACUAAAUUUGUACCGAUUGUCAAAGCUGAUAGUAAUGCAUUUACUGUCUAUAUCCAUCGUUGUACUUUUAAUUUGAAUACGAAACAACUCCGCAUUUAUAGUACUUUGACGAAAAUCUCUUCACAAGAUGUUCAGCUAGACGGAAGAUAUCAAUCAGUAACUACUUCUAACACGUUUUUAACUGAAGGUAUUUGCCAAAGUUUUAUUAAAGCAACAGAAUCAUUUGUCACAACUGUUGACCUUCCUAAUGGUGGGACGAUACGCAUUGAUGAUUUUAUUAUUGGAACGAUAACACAAUACGAUAUCCUGCGGACAUUGCCUUUUCCAAAUACGGUGGUCACUUUUGCUGUUCCUGGUCAAGUUCUUGCUGAAGUACUUACGGAUGGGAUGUCGGCAAAAGAUACUGGUCUAUUCAUUGAUUAUACUGGUGUACAGACAUCAGAUCAUGGAUCAACAUGGUUGAUUAAUGGCGUUAACAUUAAUACAACUGGUCUUAUCUAUAGAGUGAUAACAACAGAUUAUCUCAAAAAUAAUACGAAAUUAAAUAGUACAAUUGUUACGAUUUUAAAACAAACGGAUCAAACACAAACUAAAGUCUUUAUCGAUUAUAUGCAAAUUAAAUACCCUUAUGCUAAGAAUAAAAGUGAACGAUGUGUGGGCUCAGUUUUGUCGUGUCGAAAGAUUGGCGCAGUUUAUACUAUCAUUGAUACAAUUCUUGAAUCAUUGCUCAUACGCUUCUGCAAGGAUAUGAAUCUGAUGCCGUUUCGGAAUCUAUGUCUUUCACAUCCAUACUGA